AUGCUUUCAACCGUACCCCUCAAUGUGGGACGUAGGCGCGUCUGCGGCUCCGUCUUCUCCCCCGCGUCUCUCGAAGCCCACCCGCCGAAGUCGACCUCGGAUUUCCAACACGAGCAGACACCAAUCGCGUCAUUCCAAGAAUCCACCGACUCCUCAUCGACCUUCAAAGCAGACUCGCAAUCAACCUCAUUUGCGACGAUUGGGGGAUCGACAGACGCUGCAUCCCCAGAGGAAGACACAUUAAACCAGGCGCGACAGGCGGCGAAAGAGUUUCUAUCUGUGCCCAAUCUGGGAUUCGAGUUACUUUACAACUUCCGGAAUACCGAUGGAACCCAGGUGUUGAAAGAAUGGAACCGGCUCAGCCCUCCGUCGAAGGAGAUGGCCGAGGCGCUGGAGUAUCUUAUGCGAGCUUCUCCGUGGACGUUGUUUGAAUGGUAUGGGAAUGAUAUUCGGAGGCAUUUUCUGGUUAAUUUUCGGACAGGGCUAUCUAAGCUGUUGAAGUCCCCGGGAGAAGGUCUGCUCCGCACAAUCGUGGACUGCCUACAGCUUGCGCGUCGGAUCUAUCUCGCUCCCGUCGUGCAAUACCUGCUUCCGUUAAUAGCUACUCCCCACCCAGGAGGGUUCUUGGCUCAACUACAGCGUGCCUUUCAUACAGUGGUUCAAUACAGUCUACCAUGGAAGAAGAUUUCGCCGCUUCUCGCCAGAGAGCUUACGCAAGAUGCUGUGAUUAUCUUAGGCAUCGAUACCUUAGACGAGGAUUCUGAUGCGGACAGAAUGAGUCUUGAUGGAACGGAGAUGGAACGGGCAUACUCUGUCUCGUACAAAGACUGGAGGCAAGAGUCACCCGAAGCCCAGACACAUAUGAUGACAGAGGGGGAAAAUAGCUGUGUGACCAUGGCACGGGAUCGACUUUUGGCGUUUCUCAACGGUCUGCAACUUGUCGGUCUUGGCGGUGACCAGGCCCAGAAGGUCUUCGCCAACGUGAUGAACGUUAUGAUGGGAGACUUCAUUCGCGCUGCAUACGCGGGUGAGUGGGAGUCGCCCUCAACCGCACCGCAGCACCUGGAACAAUGGGUCGAAAAUGUCUAUGCACGGCUGGCUGUGCAGGUUCUUGCCAUCAUCCAUUCCGACCCCACUGGAACCCAAUCCGGGGCAAUGGAAGUGAGCUUUCGCGACGUUGAAAAGUGGCAAGUGAUAGGUAUUGCCCGGCUGGGAAAGCUGCGAGUUAGUGAGCUCUUUGAUGUGGUUGUUGAUUGGCCUGUCAGCAGCGGGGCGGUGGAGGAUCUGCGACGUUUCACAAGCAACUCGUCUGGAGCACGAUUGUAUGUGACGCAUUUCUUUUCUAUUAACUUGCUUCAGCGGUUGCUGCACCCCGGUGCUUCCACAGUUGAAAUCUUGCAGGUUUACAUCUCGAUCAUUCGAGCAUUCCAUAUCUUGGACCCCAAGGGUGUUCUGCUGGAUCGCAUCGCUCGACCGAUCCGACGAUACCUGAGAGACCGCGAUGACACCGUCAAGGUGAUUGUUAGUGGUCUAUUGGCGGACCCCACGGCAGCCGAUGGACCGGCAACUACCGGCGACACCUUGACAGAGCUGGCGGCAGAGCUGACCAAGGUCCACCAGCAUUCCAUGCAAAACAAUAGGAGCGAACUAGACUAUGACGAUUUGUACUGGGUGCCUGAUCCAGUUGAUGCUGCUCCCGACUAUAAAAAGUCGAGGAGUGUAGAUGUCAUUGACAGUCUGGUUAGCUUGUUCGACUCGAAGGAAACCUUCGUGAAGGAAAUGCAGACUCUUCUCGCCGACCGCCUCAUCCAAAAACGCCAGAACUACGACCAAGAGAUUACAGUACUAGAGCUCCUGAAGGUCCGAUUUGGUGAUUCGGCACUACAGGCAUGUGAGGUGAUGCUGAAAGAUAUCGCCGACUCGCGACGUCUCGACCUCACCGUACGGAAUGAUCAGAUAUUGUCUGGACAUCGGAAGGAAGGAGGCGUUGGAAAACUCCACGCCAAGAUUCUAUCACGCUUCUUCUGGCCGGAGUUCCAAGAGCAAGAAUUCAAGGUCCCCGAUGAAAUCAUCGAACUGCAAGAGCGGUACGCGACUUGCUUCGAAAAGCGCAAGGACUCGCGCAAGCUCAUGUGGCGUAACGCGCUGGGUCAGGUCACCGUCGAGCUGGAGCUGGAGAACCAUACCUUCAAAGACGAAGUGACAACCUGGCAAGCAACCGUAAUUUAUGCCUUCCAGUCUGACUCAAGCGAACCCGCCACAAAAACAAUCCCGGAACUCGCCGACGAGCUCGAGAUGACACCGCCCCUUGUACGCAGCGCCUGUCUCUUCUGGGUCAGCAAGCGCAUCCUCACCGAAGUACACCGCGACACGUUCCGCGUGUUGGAAAUCCUCCCCACAGAAGAGGAGGAACACCAUGCGCACACAGCCGGUGACUUUAGCGACGCCUCGGACAGCGAAGCAGGCGACACGGCCAACGCAGCCGCAGCGGCUGAAGCAGCGGCAGCAGCGGCAGCAAAGGAAUCCGCCGAGGCGGCUGCCAUGGAGAAAAUGAAUGUCCAUUGGCAGUUCAUUGUGGGCAUGCUCACGAAUCAAGGACCAAUGGCUCUGAAUCGGAUUGUUAUGAUGCUGAAGAUAGCCGUUCCUGGUGGGUUCCCCUUCAGCAACGAGGAGUUGCGCGAGUUCUUGGGUGGUAUGGUUUCGAAGGGCAAAUUGGAGAUUGUCAAUGGGGGUAAUUACAAGAUCGUGCAUUAG